AUGAAGAAUCUCUUAGCAAUUAUAAUCAUUGGAGCCAUAAUUUCUCCAUAUAUAAAUUGCAUUGAAACGAUGAGCGCUCGUACAGACUAUACACAAUUAUCUACUUUAAUUAAUUUUAACUUAGGUUCUCCAGCAGUUCCUCUCAAACUGCAAGCUUAUUUUGGUACAUUGUCUGAUAAUUCUAAUCUGGGAUAAUUUAUCAUUGACUUAAGCAUAAGGGAUACUAAUUAUUAGUACUAUGAGUAGUUGUACAACAUUGGAGUUAAAAAAUUUUAUAGCAUAGACAAAAGUUCAACUGUUUAAAUAGAGAAACCAUUUGAAAGAAAAGAAUAAAGUCGUUAUGGAGGAUAAAUAUCUGGAGUAUAUGCUAAAGAUGUAUUAUCAUAUAACAAAAUAAAGUCUAAUUAUCAAUUUGCUUGUGUUCAGUUUGCAUAUGAUUUAAUUUAAAUUUAUUAUAAUGGUGUAAUUGUUUUCAAUAAAAUAACUGACAACAUCUUUGAUUAAAUGUAUUAAGAAAAUGCUAUUAGCACAAGCGACUACAUUUUAAGUGGAUCUAAAUAUGAUUUGCCAAUAAGUGACACUACUUUCAUAUAGACAAACAGUAUUGAUAUUACCUUUGAUUUAGACAUUAAUUCAGAAUACUAUAACAAUCCCUCUAAUCCAUUGGUUAGCAACUCAGAUACUUUUCAAAUUAUGAGCUAUGGAAUCUAUUUAGAUGGUGAAGAUUUUACUGAUAAAAUAAAACAAAAGCGAAUCACAUUAGAUUAGCUUACAGAUCAGAGUGGUAAAAUUAAUGACACUACUUAUAUCCCUAAAGAUCUUCUAGAAAUGGUAAUGCAAAAUUAUAAUAUCCCUGAUGAUUUUACUUAUAGAAGUUGUAAUAAUUGUUAAUGCUAUGAAGCUGAAAGCUUGCCUGAAAUAAGUCUCUUUACUGAAGAAUACAAAAUAACUAUUAAACCAGAUCAAUACAUAGUAAAAUAUGAAAAUAGUUGCUUUGUUAAUUUAGACAAGUCAGACAAUUUUGUAAUUUCAUCUCCUUUGUUAUUUAAUUCUGAUAUCAAAAUUUUGUAUCAAAAACAAUCUAACUCAAUAAAAAUAAUUAAUGCAAAGCUGAUCAACCACAUGAACUUGAAAUAAAUAAUAAUAAUAUUUCCUAUCUUAAAUCUGCUUAUACUAAUAACCCUUUUAUAUAUCCCUAUUAAAUGGGCGUUAAAUUUUUAGUCUUAUAAAUUAGAAUAAAUUUCUACUUUACAAUGCUAAUUUAAAAUGAAACAAAAUUGA